CCUGUUAGCAAAAUGUCUACAUCAAAAUAUAAACAAACCUCUCUUUGGCUUUUGUACAAAAAAUGGAUCGGGUGAUCAAUAACUAAAUGCAUCAGAGAUGGAGUGUGAAAAGUCCAUCAUAGGAACAUGCCAAACUAUGUGUUCUUUGGAUGAAAUUAAAAUGAGGGAAAAGGAGGGCCGUCUCCACCAGUUAGAGUCGUCACAUGAAAGAAGAGCCGAGAAGUACAGGAAUCGGAAAUUACAAACUGCAGAAGUUGGUAAAAUGAUCAAAGAAUACAGCCGGCCAGCUGCAGGGUGUCACGUACCGGGCCCAGAGAGUCUUCGUCCAGCUCCAGUACUGCUGAAAACUGUGCAGUAUAUCUUUAAUAAGAUUAUUCCACGAACUGACCACAGGUGGGCUGUGAUAUACGAUUUCUCAUUUGACCGACUGCGGGCAGUGCGACAGGAUAUGGUUAUACAGAGAAUCGAAGGUCUUGAUGGAAUUGUUCUUUUGGAGAGCUGUGUGCGCUUCCACAUCUAUGCAGGAUAUAGGUUGGGAACAGCAAAUAUUUCGACCUUCGACCCUGUCAUAAACUCCCAGCAUGCCCAGGAGUGUCUGAAGCGCCUCCUGGUGUUGUAUGAUGAGGUACAAGGAACUCACAAAUGCCGGGAACAGUUCGAGAGUAUUUAUCUUCUGUAUAACCUGGGAGAUAUGAAUGCUCUGAGACAUUGCUUGGAUCUGAAGAGAGAACUGAGACACUCUCUGUGUUUACGCCUGGCCUUUGCUAUCAGUGCUAGUCACAUGACAGGCAACUAUGUGCGGACAAUUCGGCUGGCAUGUCGUCUUCCCUGCCCAAUUUGUCAGUGUGCCUUUCAUCGCCAUCUCAAACACAUACAACAAUGUGCUAUAAGGACGAUGUCUUCUGGAUUUAGCAGUAAGAACACCAGGUUUCCCUGCAGCAAGCUCCAGGAUCUGUUGGCUGCUAAUUGUGAAGACGACAUCAGAAAUAUGGCCACCACCUGUGGGUUGAAUGUUUCCAGUGGAUUUGUUUGUUUUCAGAAAAGCAGUUAUGUUAGUGAUAAUGUGCUUCCAACAAGUGACUGGGCAUUUUUGGAAGAAAAGUUAUCUGAACACAACAUUUCAGACCUGUUGAUGGGGGAGACAGACAGACACAUGGACAGACAGACAGAUUCUGAACAGACAGAUCUGGAAAUUCAAAUGCAAAAACUUUCAGUCAAUCCAUCAUCAUCAUCUGAAGCCAAAAUUUCAUGAUGUAGUCAAAUGUAUUUUUUGUGCAAGUCAGAUCAGU